UCCGCGAUAUGCCCGUGUCGCUCAGUCGAGUUCCGUGUUUUGUUCAUCUUUUCCCUCAAAUGGAGCAGCAAAACAACAUAUAAAACAUGGUGGCAGCUGCACUCCGUCUCCAAACAUAGACAAACAGGGGAAAGAGAUAAUAACAACCUGGAGAUACCGAAAUGUGGGCAUUAAAAUACGGGAGGUUAGCGACCAACCAGCAACGAGACUAGUGCCACGUCGCGCCUAAAUUACGAAAGAUUCGCUCUCGGUGAAGAAAUAAACACAAAUAAGACUAAAGUAUAUAAGAAGCAUGCGGAAGUAAUUCACAGCUCGCUUUGGUGCACCGUAACUGUCUUAAUACUCGCACUGCCACGUCACAGCCACGAAAAUGGCCGGCGCCGAACUUUGUAUGAACUGGAAAACGAGCGAUUCCUAUGACGCGCUCAUGACUUUCAAAAAACGUUGUAUUAGAUACUUCAAGGUUAAGGAGAUACCAAGAGAGGAUCAGGCAAACCAUAUCCUUCUGUACGCAGGUACUCCCGGAGAGAAAUGGUAGAGGCAAGCAAUUUGACUGAAGAUAUGAAAGAUCCUGACAAAGUUUGGGAUGCUCUCGAGACUCGGCUAAAACCUAAGACUAAUAAAUAUGUCGAAAGACUCCACUUUCGAAGAUUCUUUCAGAGAGAAAAUGAAUCUAGUGAUGAGUUCUUAAACAGAUGUAAAGCUCAAGCUAAGAGAUGCAAAUUUACCGAGACAGAACACGAACCAAGAGUUAUUGAGCAAUUCAUGAAUGGAAUCUAUAAUGAAGAUUUGCAAAGAAGCCUUAUUAUAGAAGGUGAAGACAUAAGGUUGAGCAAAGCCAUCGACAUUGCCAGAUCUUUUGAAGCCUUUGACAUUGCUAGAUCUUUUGAAGCCAUUGACUUUGCCAGAUCUUUUGAAGCAAACAUAAGAGAUAAGAGAGACGUGAGAGCCAAAAUGGUAAAUUAUGAAUCAAAUGUUGAUGCUUUAGGAUACCAAAAUUUUGCACUGGCAUCAAAACCAUGCAGCAAAUGUGGGCGAGCACACAAUAAAUACCCCCCACAAUCCUGCCCAGCAUAUGGUACUAGCUGCAAAAUGUGUGGCAAGAUGAACCACUGGCAAAAAAUGUGUCGGUCAAUACCAGAAAAUAAGAAAAAAACAUACAAGAGUAAGAGCCCAGGCCAGAGUCAAUAUGCCGGAAAUAAAGUUCAUAGGAACUUCAACAGUGACAAGUCCAAGAAUGCUAACAGCCAGCAAUGGACAACCAACAUAUUGGUCUAG